CGGCGGCGGCGGCGGCGGUGGCUGCCGCGGCGGUGGCGACGGCCGCGGGGACUCGGAGCUGAGAGGAGCUGCUGCUCGGACCAGCGCGGUUAUAUUUCACACUAUGUGCUGACUGUAUCUACAGAAAAUAUUUAAAAAAAGAUAAACUUUUUUCAAAGAUUUUUGAUUCCAGUGGAAUCUUUGCUUUAGAUAUUUGUGUGUGUGCGCGCGUGUGUUAGUGAAUUGUAACUCCAGAAGCAAUGCCUGUACAAGCUCCACAGUGGACGGAUUUCCUUUCCUGCCCGAUUUGCACUCAGACUUUCGACGAAACAAUUCGAAAGCCCAUCAGUUUGGGUUGUGGCCAUACUGUCUGCAAGAUGUGCCUGAAUAAACUCCACCGCAAGGCUUGCCCAUUCGACCAGACCACUAUCAAUACAGACAUUGAGCUCCUCCCGGUGAACUCGGCGUUGCUGCAGCUGGUGGGCGCUCAGGUCCCUGAGCAGCCGCCCAUCACUCUGUGUAGUGGGGUGGAAGAUACGAAGCAUUAUGAGGAAGCCAAGAAAUGUGUAGAAGAAUUAGCGUUGUACCUGAAACCACUCAGCAGUGCUAGAGGAGUGGGUCUGAAUAGCACGACACAGAGUGUUCUGAGUCGCCCGAUGCAGAGGAAGCUGGUGACUCUGGUCCACUGCCAGCUCGUGGAAGAAGAAGGCAGGAUUCGGGCCAUGCGGGCAGCUCGGUCUUUGGGCGAGCGGACAGUGACAGAGCUCAUCCUGCAGCACCAGAACCCUCAACAGCUCUCUUCUAAUCUUUGGGCAGCGGUCAGGGCCCGGGGCUGCCAGUUCCUUGGACCAGCAAUGCAGGAGGAAGCUCUAAAGCUGGUUCUCCUGGCCUUAGAAGAUGGUUCUGCUUUGUCAAGAAAAGUAUUGGUUCUCUUUGUGGUGCAAAGGUUGGAGCCUCGGUUCCCACAAGCCUCCAAGACUAGCAUUGGGCACGUUGUCCAGCUCCUUUAUCGCGCCUCCUGCUUCAAGGUCACCAAACGUGAUGAAGACUCUUCUCUGAUGCAGCUGAAGGAAGAGUUUAGGACCUACGAAGCGCUGCGGCGGGAACAUGACUCCCAGAUCGUGCAGAUCGCGAUGGAAGCAGGCUUGCGCAUCGCGCCAGACCAGUGGUCCUCACUGCUUUACGGAGACCAGUCGCACAAGUCGCACAUGCAGUCCAUCAUUGACAAGUUGCAGACUCCAGCCUCUUUUGCACAAAGUGUUCAGGAACUAACCAUCGCUCUCCAGCGGACGGGAGACCCAGCAAACUUGAACCGGCUGAGACCCCAUUUGGAGCUAUUGGCAAACAUUGACCCUAGUCCAGAUGCUCCGCCUCCGACUUGGGAGCAGCUGGAAAACGGGCUGGUGGCCGUGCGCACAGUGGUGCACGGCCUGGUGGAUUACAUCCAGAACCACAGCAAGAAGGGGGCCGACCAGCAGCAGCCUCCACAGCAUAGCAAAUACAAAACAUACAUGUGCCGAGAUAUGAAGCAGAGAGGAGGAUGCCCUCGUGGGGCCAGCUGUACAUUUGCACACUCCCAGGAGGAACUGGAAAAAUUCCGUAAGAUGAACAAACGCCUCGUUCCCAGAAGACCCCUGAGCGCCUCUCUGGGUCAGCUGAACGAGGUGGGCCUGCCCGCGGCAGCUGUCCUCCCAGACGAAGGCGCCGUGGAUCUGCCCGGCAGGAAGCCCCCUGCUCUGCCCAAUGGAAUUGUGUCAGCAGGGAGCACGGUCACGCAGCUGAUUCCACGCGGGACGGACCCCAGCUACGACUCCAGUCUGAAACCAGGAAAGAUGGACCAUCUGAGCAGCAGCGCCCCGGGGUCCCCUCCUGACCUGCUAGAAUCCGUCCCCAAGAGCAUUCCUGCCCUAGCUGUGAACCCACAUCCUGUACCUCCAAGGGGACCAACAGACCUGCCUCCCAUGCCUGUCACCAAACCACUUCAGAUGGUGCCACGGGGCUCUCAGUUGUACCCAGCGCAGCAGGCAGACGUCUACUAUCAGGAUCCUCGGGGAGCGGCGCCGCCCUUUGACCCCGCACCGUAUCAGCAGGGCAUGUACUACACUGCCCCGCCAUGCGUGUCCCGCUUCGUGCGACCUGCACCGUCUGCUCCUGAGCCCGCGCCUCCCUACCUGGAUCAUUACCCACCCUACCUCCAAGACCGCGUCAUAAACCCUCCGUACGGCGCACAGCCGCACCAGUACCCACCCGUGUACCCGCCGCACUGUGACGGCCGCCGAGUGUGCCCUGCUCAGUCAUAUCCCAGGGAGGAGCUUUUCCGCGAGAGUUCUAUUGAGAUUCCACCUCCAGCAGUGCCAUCCUACGUACCAGAAUCCAGAGAAAGAUACCAGCAGGUGGAGGGUUACUACCCGGUGGCCCCUCAUCCAGCGCAGAUCAGACCUUCGUACAUCAGGGAGACGCCCUAUAGCCGGCUUCCGCCCCCACAGCCGCAUCCCAGUCUAGACGAGCUGCAUCGAAGGCGAAAGGAAAUAAUGGCCCAGCUGGAGGAAAGGAAGGUUAUCUCCCCGCCGCCUUUCGCGCCCUCGCCAACACUGCCUCCGCCCUUCCACACGGAGGAGUUUUUGGAUGAAGACUUGAAGGCUGGGAAAUACAAAGGAAAUGAUUACAGCCAGUACUCUCCCUGGUCAUGUGACACCAUCGGCUCCUACAUUGGAACCAAAGAUGCAAAACCCAAAGAUGUCGUGGCAGCAGGGAGUGGGGAAAUGAUGAAUGUGGAGAGUAAAGGGGUGAGAGACCAACGACUGGAUCAUCAUCAGAGAAGAGCUGCCGAAACCAGUGAUGAUGACCUCAUCCCAUUUGGAGACCGGCCAACAGUGUCGCGGUUUGGUGCCAUCUCUCGAACCUCCAAAACAAUGUAUCAGGGUGCCGGCCCGUUGCAGGCGAUGGCACCUCAGGGAGCUCCCACAAAACCUAUGAACGUGUCAGACUACAGUCCGUACGGAGCCCACGGCGGCUGGGGCAGCUCCCCGUACGCCCCUCACCAGAGUGCGGCGUCCCAGGCACACUUCAGUGAGAGGGAGAGAAUACCCAUGUCCGAAGUGGCCAGCCAUGGAAAACCCCUUCCGUCUGCCGACAGGGAGCAGCUGCGACUGGAACUGCAGCAGCUGAACCACCAGAUCAGCCAGCAGACCCAGCUGCGCGGACUGGAGGCUGUUAGUAACAGGCUGCUGUUGCAGAGGGAGGCGAACACCCUGGCAAGCCAGUCACAGCCCCCACCAGCACCCCCAAAAUGGCCUGGAAUGAUCUCCAGUGAGCAGCUGAGCUUGGAGCUGCACCAGGUGGAACGGGAAAUCGGGAAGAGAACCCGGGAGCUGAGUCUGGAGAACCAGUGUUCUCUAGACAUGAAAAGCAAACUGAGUGCAAGUAAGCAAGCGGAAAACGGACAACCGGAACCCCAAAAUAAGGUUCCAGCUGAGGACCUUACAUUGACAUUCAGUGAUGUACCGAAUGGAUCGGCCUUGACACAAGAGAAUAUCAGCCUCCUGUCAAACCAGACCAGCUCUCUGAACCUGGCAGAGGACCCUGAGGGAGGAGGGGACAACAGCGACUCCCAGAGGUCAGGGGUCGCGCCCAGCCCUGUUCCCUGAAGCAGGAAGGAACCGCACUCUCGCUUCUCCGGAAGAACAAGAAGAAAGGCGACUCCUGCACCCGCCCUCUGAGAGAGGCAGGGGGAGGCCGUCGCCAUAGAGCGCCCGGGGAUGUGCGCAGACCCCACUGCUCCUGGCCAGCCCUGCGCAUCGCUCACACCAGUGCAUUUUUUAAUUUAAAAAAAGGAAAAAGAAAAAGAAAAUUAGCAGUAUCUGCAAGCAAUUCAGAUUAAAUUUGUUUUUGUUCUGUGAAUGAACUUUAUUUUAAUAACUUUGGACGCCUUGGAUCCAGGGCUUUAAAAAAAGAAGAUAUUAUAUAUACACUCUGUUUGAUUAAUUGUAUGAUCUUAAUGAAGUAGGCUUUUCUUGUAUUUUGGUAUUAUUACAUACCCAGUGUAUAAUUCCUUCCCCGCAACCCUUUCCCAGUCUCACAACCCGUAAGUUAAACCAGACAACAGGCCCCGGCCUUUCUGAGAAGUCUGUGGUGCUUGACAGACAGACAGACAGACAGACAGACUGGUCAUUAGAAAAUGUGCAGCAGACCGAGUUUUCUGAGAGCUGCUCUCGGGAAGCCGUCACGGCCGUGCCCUCUCUGGGCCCCCCCCCCCAACGUGUAUCGUCGUCAUUGUUCAGGGGUGUUGCGGUAGUUCUCGUUGUUGUUUUUAACUUGUCAGAUCAUUACUUCUGUGAGUCCUCAUUUUCUGUAGUACGGAUCCUUUUUAUUCUCUCCAUGUGACCGGACAGCCGAGCCGGGGUCUCAGAUCAUCGGUCAGACUCCGAUGGAGACUCUUUAGAAAUGAGCUGUAUCCGAUCAGCACUGAAAGUACACGCUUAGCACACCACCUUGGUCGAGCCGAUGGCUGGGAAUGUUGGUCUGUGCUUUUCCAAACUGAACUUUGGCUGAAAUCAUAGAAUGUUAAAAAACCAGGACAAUCGACGCUUGAUUUGAGCCUAAGAGGGACAGAGCCGCAUUGUUUCACCGGAUGCUUUUGCUUUUCCCUCAAAACCCAAAAGUCUGAAAUAGCAUCUCUCCGUGGUGGCACCCCUGGCUUUCAGAGAGAUUUGCCUGGAUCGCGAGGAUAGUUUGUGAACUGAUCAGUCGUUGCUGUUCAGAAUCAUUAGCACAGGAAGGUAGUAAGUACCGGGAAGUCAAUGUCGAGACUUGGCUUUGCGAUACUGACAAUGUUGAAAAGAGUAAAGAAGAACUUCGUUGUCCGGCUGCACUGCACAUGUUCUGACGGCACGCCUGUGCUGAGCUGGGACCCUGUACGGCAUGCUCGGUGGGGACCAUGCGUUGUGGCUGCCCUCCCACCCCUGUGUGUGCCUGAGGUUUUCCAAGUCCCCUUUCCGAGUUAUACUACUAAAACAGGAAGCACUGGUCAUGCAAUAAGUUCCUGCAUUGCUUUGGUUGGGUAAAAGCAAGAGUUUGUGUUUUUCUUGUUUCUUAUUUUCUUAACCUUUAAUUAACUCUUGCUGAGGCCCUCACCACCUCAGUCUAAGCUCUGUGUCCUUCGUACUGUUCACCGAAACCACCCGGGGGGCGGGGGAGGGGGGUGACAGUCCUGCCAUUGCCUACCAGUAGGAGAGUCCAAACCGAACACUCUUUUGAGUAGCGAUUAUUUAAUUUGCCCAGUCAAGGCACCGCAUUUAUAUACUAUUUCACAUUGAAUUUGAUUAUGCCCUGCAGACCUGGCUGGUCAAGGAUUUGAUACACAUAUUGGCUUGGGAUUCGAGCUUUCUUUUUUAUUUAAAUAAAAAUUUAUAUAUAUUAUAUAUAUACACAUAUACAUAGCUAUAUCUGUAUAUAUAUUGGGUAUGUUUUAAGGAUUUUUUCGCAUGAGCGCAGCUGUUGCAAUGAAGCGACUGAUUGGGAGGUAGAAGCACUGAAUAAAGAUGAGGCGUUUUUCUUUGGAAAUCUGCAUUUUCCUGCUUUGUCGAUGCAUUUGCUUUUUUGUUUUUAUUUUGCUUAAAACCCUGUUAUAUUUACUCUUUAAGUGCUUGUUGUGUGUUGUUUGGGGGGAGGAGAGAAGCAGGGGUCUGACUGAGUCCCAAGGGUCUCCGCCCCUCUGUGCCACGGAGGGGGCCACGCCCUCAGCCCCCAGCCUUGUGCGGGCAGAGUCGGCCCUACUCCCUUCUCCUCUGGACGUGUUGGGCGAUUCUGGACUUUUAGAAGCAGCCAGUUCCAUUUGGGACUCCAGAUGAUUCUGGUAUUGGAAGGAAGCUGAUGGGCAUUGAUUCUGUUCAAGUUCAGAAUGAAAGUAAAAUUCCAUGUGCGUGCGUAUAGCAGCCCUAAUAAUUUCUGUUGUUCUUGUUUCCUUCCAAUGCUGUCAUUCCCACCCUCUCCCCCACUCUCACUGUUUUGAUUUUCCACGCUAGGCAGGAGCAGGGAUGGACUUACACAGGAGUCCCAUUCCGAGUAAAACCAGGAAAGCCACUGUUUGCCACUGACUUAAUUUCUUUCACCAAGUAAGGUAUUUUCCUUUAGGGGGUCGGGAGACCCCCUAAAGUGAAGCCUAAACUCCACCUGUACCUCUCUAACGCCCCACGCAUGCAAGGAAAGCUGGCCGUGUCGAAAGGCGGGGAAUGGCGACCUGACCCAUUGUGCCUGCAGCUUACGGACCAUCCCAAACUGGUCAUCCCGCCUGACCUCUGGGAUGUGCUCACAGCUUGCCUAGUGCUCGUAAGCAGUUUCAGGAACCCAGUACAGCCCCCAAGGUUUGGGGUUCUUUUUCCCUUUCCCUUUUCUCUCUGAUACGUUUUUGGAGAUGAUGAGCCCGUGGCGGCAAGUGGCCUGUUGUGGCCAAACUGCUUGACUCUAUAACUGCUCUUUUGUCAAAGUCUAAAGGCAUUGAUUUGUUUCAUUUUUAAAAUGUAUGCCUUUAGAAAGAGUUAAGAGAUUAAACCAGUCAGGUAGAAAAUACAGUGUUUACCCUUUCUACAUAUUAAAAUGUUCAUUUCUUCUGGAGAUGACUAUUUCACUGAAUUCAAAAGCCAGAACUUGGACUUCGAAGAUGGACAUGAAUUAUUCUGAGAGUCUUCUGGUAGGAAUAAUAAGCCCCAUAUUCACGAUUUAAUUAAAAACCAGGCUUUUAUCAUAGCUCGGAGUAUAAAAGCACUUUGACUUAAUCUUUUUUCAAGGGGUUUCUGGCAGAGUGUAGAAGAACUGGGACUCAGAUAUCUAGAUUCAAUUUCUGACUUCCAAGAAUUCUUUUCACCUUACUGGUAAUAGUGUUACAAGGUAGGUCCCAUCGCUUCCCUGUCUUGGCUAAUUUAGAGGCUAACCUGACCAAAGAUCUAUUCCUUAUUACUUUUGUAAUCAGAAGUUAUAGUGUAGGUUUCUACUAACAUUGUUCAAAUAAGAAGACACUAUUUCCAAUGCCAGCUGCAAAUAGUCAGCUGCUCAAAAUGUACACAGACUGGUGUGGUACAGCAUUAACAUAGCCGAGUCUCUUCCUCCAUUUCCCUUCCCUUCUCCUCACCACUCCCACGGAUGUAUUCUUUUGCCUGAAAGACAAAAUCGAUGUGAUUCUCAUUUGCUACUUGAAUAUAUAACUUCAUCAGGCUUCCCAUCGGUCUUCAGGGUUGGACCUCAAAGUCGUGUUUCUCUCUCUUUUUUUUUUUCCCCAGCCCUUUUCUGUCUUGCGAAUUCCCCUUGGUUUACCCUCCCACCGCCCUCCCCAAUCUGCAACAGUGACCGUUCGCUGCCUCACAACAGAGCAUUCAAAUGAAUUCGCUUAGCCAGUAACUUCUGUGAAGUUGCCUUUUCUAAUGGUGUCAUUACUCAGUGAUGCACAAAUGUGGUAUUUGCCCUACUGGUAGGCAAACAAAGGUCUGGUUCAGAAUGGCAGCCUGCUGUUCGUCCGUCUGUCUGUCUGUCUGUUCUUACCGGAGAGCCAAAGACUUGUGCUGUACUCUGUUUUGGUUUGGGGGAAAUUGUAGCCAUUUUGAUUGUGAAACCGUGAAGUAUUUGUGAGUGGAUUGUACUGCAUAAGUAGAUUUAUCUCAAGUUAACUGGUAAAGUUAGCUGGCCUUAUCAAAUGUCAAAAGUACUGAAAAUUCAUCAGUUUCUCUUUCAGCAGGGACUGUCAUCUUUUACAAUAUUAUGUGUAAGCUGUCCCUUCCUCCUUUUUUUUGAAAGCAUCUUGUCGCGAUAGCAUCUUGCAUGUUUUGGGUUUUUUACUUGUGCCUAAAGAACAAUUUCCCAUUUGCCAACGUCAAGUCAUGGGCCUGGGUCAAAGGAUUUGUGAGCAUGUGACUGGAGAGAAAUAACUAAGUUCAGGCAAUGUAUGUCAGAUUGUAUUCAGAUUCGGAGAAAAAUACUCUUUCUCACUGUGGAGUGUUUGGUUGCUCGUACUUGUCCGCAAAUGGUGAUGGAUGGAGGUCUUACCAUCUUUCUUCCACAUUCUUUCUGCUCAUCUUGAAGAAUUGAGUAAAGAACUCAUAGAAAAUCUAUCUAUAAAAAGCACCUGGAAUGAUUUAUAUUUCAUGAAAAGCCCAGCUACUUACUAGGAGAAAUUAAAAACCUGCCUGGAAAUUAAUUGGAGUGUUGCCCUAGAUUUCUAUCUUUAAAGAGUCCCAAUUUUGUUUCCUUUUAAUUUGGUGUUAUGUGGUUAAAAUGUCAUCUUCCCCGAAAAAUCUACCUGUCCCUUUAGGUGAAAUGAGAGCUCUAAACUAACGCAGUCACUUCCGACGGUGGCAGCUGGACAAGCAGAGCCAUCUGCUGCUGCGGUCAGUCACUGCAGCCUUGAGGGCCGUCGGCCAAGCCGCAUUUCUCCCUUGGACAGCUAUUUUUUUUAUAUUUAUUUGUUGCUUUUGCUCAGCUUUAUGAAAUUUUCCUGCUGGAAUGACUUAUUGGGAGUUGCAGGUAGAUUGCAAUUAAUAUAUUUUAAAAUUCUUUCAAAAAAAUUUUUUCUAUUUAUUGGUUUUAGAGAGAAGCAUUGGUUCAUUGUUCUACCCAUUCACCCAUUCAUUGGUUGACACUGGUAUGUGCCCUGACCAGGAAUCGAACCCUCAACCUUGACAUACUGGGACGAUGCUCUCACCAACGGAGCCACCCAGCCAGGGCGCUGUAUUUUUUUUCAAUUCUUAAUUCAACUUUUCUGAGCCACUUGAAAAAGAAAGAGGUUUUUAUCAAAAGGUACUGUUAACUAUAACAAUAAGAUUUGGUUUUUAAGGGUUUUUUUUUUCUUCGUUAAAGCUACUUCACUUAUAAUAGAGUCUAGUGAAUAAGUAGCAAUAGCUAUGAUGUUAAAGAACAGGAAACUGCCACCUGUAGGAAAAAGGGACACCUCCUAGUAAUGUGUCCCAACAGGUGGAUUUUCAACACCGCGCUGAUCAAAGGGAGUGAAGAGCCUUUUGAAAUCCUCUGUGAUCCAAGGACUUAACCUGCCACUGGAAUUCUCGCUUGCAGAGCCUCUGAACUCUUAGCCAUACACAGAAUUUCCCCCAAACUUUAUUUCUGAGCAAAACAUCCCAAGAGUCAUAACCUUUAUUUUCAAGAGAAAAUAAGGCACAAUAACCCAAGAGAGAGAACUUAAACCUCAAGACAAGAUUGUGUCCCCCCCAAAAUGCAUAUCUAGAAAAACUAAAUCCUGUGGUAUUCGUAUGUUGUGUACUACAUGAAGUGAGUUAUUUUCUUGUGUUGAGGUUUGGUUUGGUUUGGUGUCACUAAGCGGACGGCUCUCACAAGUCUUUGGCAUCCACUCUAGGUUGUCCCCUCACUCAGAGUCAUGACUGGAAACUGUCCAGUAGCCUCUCCCCUCUCCCGCCCCCCAGCCAGUGUUUGAAAGGGUCAAGGAAAGGAUGGAAGCAAACCGUUGCGUGUCUGGUGGCUUUUUUGUUUUGGAAUUUUUUUUCUUGUUUUUUUUGUUGUUGUUUUUUGGUUUGCCUUGUUUUGCCUGAUUUUAAAGAAUGAUUUUUAGUGUAAUAUCUGAACCACCUUGUAAAAUAUUCCUCUAAUUUGAAGGCAUUUUAAGCUUUUGUUCAUUAUUUUUACAUCCUCUGUUCAACUAAUACACUGUUCUGGGAACUACUUUCAACAGGUGUGUUGUCUCAAUUUUCAUGAUCCCCUUUCUCCUGGCUUCUCUUCCUACCUCCUGGAAAUGAAAGGAACUUGGGGGAAAAUUUUGUUUUUUCAUUUUAUCCAUUGAUUCCCUGGGCCUCAUUAUCUUACUUCAUGAUGAAUCUAUGAGUUUUUGGAACAAGAGCAGUGGUAAAAGUGAAUCAAGACAAUGAACAGAACCUUUCACCCACUUGAACAUUUUCCAGUUGUGAGAUUCCUGUUCCUGUGUGUGCUUCUCUUCCUCUUCACCCCGCUGCCCCCCUGACUAUGGUCAAUUUGGUCUUUAGGUUCAUACCAGUCUCCCCGAGACAUUCUGCAGUCAUUAUCACCUUUUUGGGUGGAUUUUAUUUUGUUUUGUUUAAAUAACUUUUUAACAUUAAUACAUAUUUGCUUGGGAUAGAGCUUGUGUAAUUUACCAAUCGUAUUGAUUGUAUGUGAUUGUGCCUGGCAGAGGUGUACUUAAGACAAAAAUAAUAUAGGUUAAUAAAGGAGCCCAUGAGAUUUGAGUCAGAGAAUAAAUGAUUUCAUGAAAUCACAGUUUUGCAUGGCGAAAUUUAAACCUCUUGGUGUUAAAAAUCAGUGCUAGACCUGAUACUUUUUAAAGUUUUUUUGCCUCCUAUUUUUAUUCUUGCCUCAGCUCCCUGCUCUGUCUGCCUCCGUCACCUAUUCAGAAAAAAAAAUAUAUUGGGCCUUGAAGUGACAGCUGAUUUUUAAAUCGCUGGGCUUGUGAAAUUUUACUUUUUCCAAUGUUUUCAACUUUAAAAAGAAGUGAAGAUGGACAGUAGGUUUGAAUUUCACAAGCUAUGAAUCGUUCCUUAGCAUUUGGCAAGCUGAAAUCUUAUUUGAAGACUUUCUUUCCUGGAAGUCCUUUUGGAAUAGGGAAGAGAACCCCAUUGGAAAUGAGCUGUUUUCCUCUCUUUUUAAAAAAUCUGUUUAUAGCUCUAGUUUUGUUUUUUUUUUUAAAUAGCUUUGUGAUCAAGUGAGGUGGAAAAAAACAGAAAUAGUGGUAGGAAGAUGUUUAGGGCAGCAGAACUCCGCAUCGGAAUAAGGUCGUACUCCACUUUUUGCAGGUUUUUGAGAGGAUUAGAGCCAUCUUCAAUUUUGUAUUAUUCACGUGCAUGUUGUUUAUCUCAAAGAUGCCACAUUUUGUUAAAAAUGCUUUUUCCUUCAUUACCUUGGAAAACUGACUCAGCCUCAUGUGGCUCCUAGUUAGUGUUUAGGGCUCCCACGAGUUGCAGAUAAAGGGAUUAUUCCAACGUGUAGAAGGAGGUGAUUCGCCUUUUGGUUUGUAAAUAUGUGAAAGUAUCUACAAGGUCUUUAUCUGCUUUCUGUCAGCAUUUAUAUUAAAUGAUAAAUUAAUGAGGAA